UGUGACAAAAAGACGAAAGGAAAUGAAGAGAGGACAACCAAUUCGUUAUAUAUGGACGUACGCUUCGAGUUGUCUCGACUGCGUUUGGCUCAUCCGCCUUAUGCACAAGCAAAAUCAAUGUGUAACGCUCGACUAUGGACUUGCUUCAUAUACGAUCGGCAGCCUCACAGCCCAGUCUCAUAUCAUCGUUAUGGUCCCUUAAUGUCCAAUUACAGCCCGAUUCCAACGAAUCAAGCUGAACUUGAUGAUUUAAGUGCUGAUCACGAGUUGGCAGCUUUAACACCAAGUGAACCAGCGAGUAGCUGGCAUCACAGUAAAUACGAAUGUCUCGCACCUAGGCAGUUUGCGAAUAUAACGAUCAACGCAUGGCUGCAAACUGUCGACACCGAAGGUUGUGUUUCAUCAGUCAGUGAGCCUUCUCAAACAAAUGUCACGACGCAUUUGCCUUGA